GAUUCCUUCAGAGACUUACAGUUUGGAAGGAAUAGCAAACAGAAUGCGUUUCAUUGCCUUUUCAGCGCUCUUACUGUCGGCCGUCGCCCUCUCAGCGGCCGUCUCGUCGCUGUACAGACCGCAACAGUCGGUGCGUCUGACGCCCGGCCAGACCUACAUCUAUGACUACUCGUCGCGCCUCCUGUCGGGAGUGCCGGCGCUCGCCGACCAGUUCGCCGGUCUCGAGAUCGAGGCGCAGCUCAUCCUGCAGGCGGUGUCCGACUCCGUGGUGGCGAUGAAGUUGACGCAGAUCCAAGUGGGCAAACAUAACGGCGCCAUCCAAUCCAAUGGCGACGCAGUUAUGGACCACCAAAUCAACGCCCAAUACGAGCGCGAACUCACGAAACCCGUGCGCUUCGUGUACACCGACGGCAAAGUGAAGGCCUUCGAAGCCGACCAAUCGGAGCCCGAGUGGUCGCUCAACAUGAAGAAAGCCAUCCUUUCGCUCCUCAACGUCAACCUCGAGCCCAAGAAGAUCAUAAAGUCGCCGAAGAACAACCAGAUCCAGCGCCCGGACCACGAGCUCACGGUUUACCCCGUGUACGAGGAGGGAAUCGGCGGCAUUUGCGAGACCGUGUACGAGAUCGCGAACAUGCCCGACCCCAAGAACCCGGAGCCCGAGCAGGCGUUUGUCCUGAAUGUGACCAAAACCCGCAAUUACGACAACUGCUUGACUGAGCCGUCGAUUGUGAACGACAACUACGACGUGAGGGGCUGUCCGUGGGUUUGCCGCAAAGAGAAGUCCUUCGCGGCCGUCGCCGGCUAUUACCCGACGCCCGACGCCGUCACCGACCCCUACAUGAGCGGUUGUCCGUGUGGCUAUGAGCCGCACGAGUCGCCCGUCGAUGCCUUCAAUUUCGUCAAAUACAACAUUUCGCUCCAGAACUCCGUUCCGGUCAUCGAAAGCGUGUAUUCCGAGGGAAAGAUCGCUUACAAGACGAAUGGCGACGAGCUGUUGAUUAUUACCCAACAGAACCUCACUCUCAUCGCUUCGGCCAAUCGCGCCAACAUCCAGAUCCCCGCCAUCUUGCGGCCCGUGCGCCACCAGGAGCUGUCGUUCCGUUUGCCGAAACCCCAAUUGCCCGCCGGCUAUAAACUGCCGCUCGAUAUCCCUUACUAUCACCUCUUCGGCGCCCCGAAUGUCGACGAACUCAAGAACCUGAUCCCCGAGAUCCUCGACUCCCUGGCCUCCGAUAUCGUGGCCGGAGACAUCGCCUCCUCGAAGGACUCGAUGCAGAAGUCUGUGCAAGUGGUGAACGCUUUGGCAGUUCUUCCGCAACAGACCCUCAAAGAGCUGUUCGAAUCCAUCGCCCAAAAGGGACAUUCGUUGAGAGCGACGCCCAAAGAGCAGGUGCUCCGAAAGCUUUUCCUCGACUCCCUGCCCCUCGCCGGCUCCAACCAGGCGGCGCUCUUCAUCAAAGACCUCAUCCAGAAGGACAAAGUGACGACCUUUGAGGCCAAGGAGUUGGUGGAAGCCGUUCCUCAGAACCUCUUCCUCAUCGACACCGAGACGAUGGACGCCUACCUCGAGCUCUUCCAGUCGCCGAAAGUGCAGCAGCGCCGCCAUCUCGCGGCCUCCACGGGAAUCGCGUUCGGUAAGAUGGUCAAAGAGGCGUGCGUGAAGCGCCAACAGACUCCCGGAGACAUUCCCGACGGAAACGUCGUUCCCCACGCGAAGCGCAACCAAAACGCGCAGCUCGUGAUCCAGAACUCGCAGAACCCGCAGCGCGUGACUGUCCAACAGAUCAAGACUUCGAUUUCGGGACGAAUGAAGCGAUCGGCCGAAUGGGAGGAGUCCUUCUCGCAGGACGUCUGCUCAGAAGCCGAUGUCGCCAAAUACGUGCAGAUCAUUGGCCGCCUUCUCGACCAAUCCAACACUUUCCACCAGAAGGUCACUCUCAUCGAGACUCUCGCUCAUAUGGCCGUUCCCCAAGUCCUCCCCAUUCUCGAGCCCUACAUCUCGGGCUCCAUCUCCCCGGCCAAGUGCCCCGGAUAUGUGACCGAGAAGAAGUGGCAGGAGCCCGAGGAGUGCCAGUUCUUGCGCCAAAUCGUCAUCUAUUCGCUGAGUCACGUGACUGAGUACUACCCGAAGCAAGUCCUCCCCCUUGUCCUCCCCGUCUACGCCGACAUCUCGGCCCCCUAUGAAGUGCGAAUUGCCGCCUUCACGACCGCGAUGUUCGCCGACCCCGAGAAGCAGGUGUUGGACAGAAUCGCGUCCGAGCUCUACCGUGAGAACAACCGCCAGGUGCGCUCUUUCGUGUACUCGGCGCUCCAGACCAUCGGAAACAUCACCAUCCCGUGCUUCCAGAAGACCGCGCAAUACGCGUCGGAGGCCUACGAACACGCGCCGGAGUCGGAGUUCGGUUUCCAGUACUCGAAGAUGAUUGGCGACGGCUUUUACGACCAGAAGAAGGACUUCGGACUCUACGCUAUCGGCGAAUGGGUUUCGAGUAAUGUGUCGCGAGUGCCGCGCUCCGCCUACUUCUCGGUGGGCCAGUCGUCGGGACCCUUCCAGGACGAGCUCCUGCAGAUUGGAUUCAACGCCAAGGGAAUGGAGUCGCUCAUCGAGCGCGCCCUCGAGCCGAACGGAAUCAUCGCCGAUAUGUUCGAAGGAAUGCACGCGAAGAGCAAAGACCGCCGCGUGACCAAAAGAAACGCCGAUUCCGCGCAACAGGCGUUGGAAGCCCUCAAAAGCCGACUCAACCUCGAGAUGCGUUCGGAUGACGAGCCGAAGGCCACCGUCUUCUUCAAGCUCUUCGACCGCACUUCUUAUUAUCCGCUCGACAAACACUAUAUCCACCAACUCAUCGACGGAAUGGAGGACUCGCUGAAGGACAUCGCGCAGGCGCUGCUCCAAGGACAGUCCUACCACUACGUGAAGCUCGUGAUGCCGUCGCAGCUCUACAAAGUGCUGCCCUCGGAGUUGGGUCUCCCCGUGGUGAUCACUCACAGACACCCGACCAUCGUGUCCAUCAAGAUCGACCAGGCUAAGUUGCAAAUGGCCGCCGAGCCCAAAACCAUCUAUCCCACCGGUGCCAACAUCACCGCUCAGAUCCAGCCCUCGAUCUUCUACUCUUCGUACGCCUUCGCCUUCGCCGUCGACACCGCCGACCGCCAGGCCUACGGAACGCACGUCGAGAAGACGACUCAGGCCACUCUUCCCGUUGAGGUCUCCGUCGGCUACUCGCGCCCCAAGAACCUGAUCACGUGGUCUGUGAUCCCGAAGGUGCCCAACGAGAUCGUGUACCACCAGACGCAGUCCAAGACCUUCAUCGCGAAGGCCGCCAUUGCCGGCGCUCCGGACCGCGAUUGGCUGCAGGACUCGAAGGAGAUCAAGUCGAUGGCCGUGCCCUUCAAGCACGAGCACACCGUCGGCCAGGAGACGCUUGGCCUCGGCCUCCGCGUCCAACUGAACACUGAGAACCCGUGGGCCACGGAAGCCCUGUACUCCUCGGAAACCGCCAAAGAGCACGGCAUCGUCGCGGCCGCCAUCGAGGCCUGGCGUAACGCCGGACUCGCGCCCCGCGAACUGCACGUGCAGUUGGAGUCGGACGCCGAAGAGCCCGUCUCGGGAUACGACUUCACCGCGCGCUACAAGUGGAUCGAAGACGCGAACGAAGGCAAAGACAACGACGACUCUGACGAGAGCUCCGCCUCUUCCGAGUCGGACUCCGACGAGUCUGAUGAGUCCUCGGCCUCCCAUUCCUCCGAAUCCAAGAGCUCCUCGUCUUCCGAGUCGUCGGAAAGCAAGUCCUCGAAGAGUUCCAAGUCUUCCGAAGAGUCGAAUGAAAGCAAGUCUUUGAAACAACGCAUUCGAAACCGAAUGAAUAAACAGGUCUCGAAAUCGGCGGAAAACAAAUCGCGAUCCAAGAGAUCCGCUCACAAAGAGACGAACGAGUCUUCGGACGAGUCGUCCAACGAAUCGGGAUCCCAGUCGUGGUCCAAAUCCGGAAGCAAAGAGUCUUCGCAAUCGUCCUCUUCGGAGAGCAAGUCCAGCGAAGAGAAGAACAAAAACCGCUCCAAGAACUCGAAACACAACUCCAAGUCCGCGCGCUCCUCCGAGUCCUCCUCGUCCUCCUCCGAGUCCGAUGAGUCGCACUCCUUCGAGGACAACGUCUUCGACUUCGAGGACGUCAUGAAGCUGAUCCUCGGACAGGACUUCAAGCGUCGCGACAUCAAGAAGAUCACCAAACAGUUGGUCCGCAAGACUCAACACAUUUGGGAAAACAAUUGGGACGAAGACUACGACUCGUCCUCCGAAGACAAGUCCUCUCAAGACGAGUCGACGGAAGUGCCGCAAACCAUCGCUCACGACAUCGCCAUCACUGCCGUCGCGCGCGGCCCGCGUCCCACGUAUUACGCUGCGAACAUACUUUACGUCCACACCUAUGACCACAGAAUCGUUUGGCUGAAGACUGACGGACACAUCAAAGCGCCGAAAGGAGUGUACAUGCAAGUGCCGACUCUGUUCUGCGCCGACGCCGUCCUCUCCUACCCGACGAUUCCCAACGAGUUCUACUACGAGCCGACGCAACUCCAGUCCCAAAAGGCCAAACUCCAGGCUCAUGCGGGUUGGGGUCAACAGUGCCAGACGGAGGGCGGAGUCAUCGUGACGGGAGUGCUCGAGAGCACCGACGACCGCGUCAUCACCGCCGCCGACCUGGCCGUUCAGGACGGUUCCACUGCCGCGCACGUGCAGUCCUGGUUCUACCGCCAGUGUCAGAUCGACCGCUCGGAAGGCGCCGCCCAGUCGUACGCCUGCGAACGCGCGCUUAUUGAGGACUCGUAUUUCAAUCAACUCGUGAUGGAUAUCAAGUACAAGAAUGUCCCGAAGAGUGUCCAAAACUACACCCAAAAGGCCGCCCUUGCCCUCAAGGUCGCGCUUUACGAGCACAUGGACUCCGACCAGUUGGACGUCUCGAACCCCGAGCACCAGAUCCGUCUCGUGGCGCAGUACUCGUCGCGCAUUCCGGACCUCCAGUUGGCGAACAUUGAGAUCCAGACCCCCCGUGAAAACACGCGCUUCGAACGCGUCCACAUCCCGUAUGUGAGACCCGUGUCCGCCCUCCUGGCCACUCCCGAAGUGUACGCCAAUCUCGCCCAGGGCUACGACGCGACCGACAAAUGCGUUUUGAUGGAGGACUUUAUUCGCACCUUCGACAACGUGACUUUCAAAACUCCCGCCUCUCAGUGUCAGUAUCUGUUGGCCAAAGACUGUUCGCCGAAAGAGCGCUUCGCAGUCUUCGCGCAGACCCUCGACAUCGCCGCCAAGACCAAGAUCGUCACCGUCUUGACCUCCGGAGCCGAGAUCAAGCUCCUGCCGCCGCAACAGCAGAACGUGGCGCAAGUGGUGAUUGACGGCCACGCCCACGAAAUCACUUAUCGCAAGCCUUUCACUCUUCCCGGCGCCGACAAUGACGUCAGAGUGUACUUGAGAGCCACCCCCUCGGACUCCGUGAACCCGAUAAUCGUCGUGGAAAGCGAUUUGGAGGACUUGACCGUCAAAUACGACGGAAAGAACGCCAAAGUGGAGUUGGGCGCGAAGUACCAGGGCAAGACCUGUGGUCUCUGUGGAGACAAUAACGACGAGUCGGAGGAGGAGUUCGCGGGACCCGAUCUCUGCAUUUACGAGCACGCGGAAGACUUCGCUAACUCUUAUGCGCUCAGCGGUCAACACUGCGAACAGACGCCCAUCGCCAAAGGACCGAAGCGAUGCCCGAAAGACUACUCGUCUUCGAGCGAAGAGACGGUUGCCGUGAAAGAAGUGAAACACGUGAUCGGACCGAACGGCCAGAAAGUGACGAUUACUCGCCAGCAGAUCCAGCCGAACGCGCUGUCCAAUCAGGAGCGCUCGCAGAUCAUCCAGCAACAGUCCAAUGUGGAGGAGUUGGCGCGCACCGCCCAACAGCAGCAGGAGGCGCAACUCGCCCGACAGGACGGACAGCCGCUGAGCGCCGGACAAAAGGCCGCUCUUUUCGGCGCGACUCCCGACCAGCAAAAGAUCAUUCAGCGCCUGCGCACCCAAUACAUGGAACGUGACGACAUGGUGUGCUUCACCACCAGACCCGUGAUGACGUGUGUGAACAACGCCCGUCCCCUGCGCGUGAAGGCCCAGCAGUUGGAUUUCCACUGUUUGCCCAAAACCUCGCCUUUCACUCAACAACUCAUCGUUGAGGCGGAGAAGCAAGUGAUCAAACAGUUGGUCAACAAACGCGUCGAUCUGCGCCAACAGGUGGACGUGCCGCUCGCGUGUCAGCUCUAAGGAAACUCCGUUUUGGAACUCCUUUUACUUCAAUCUUUCUGUUAAUAACGCUCUUAUCUCUCAAUAAAUCGCAAAUUCUCUAAAAA